UCGCGCGCAGGUUGAUGAAUGCAGGUGUUGACUUGUGUUUGUUUGUUCCUUGUUCCUCUUGCUGCUGGGAGCCUCGUGAUCGUUUGCGGUCGGAGCUGCGGAUGAUUCUGCCCUCCAGAGGCUGCGCAAGCUGCCUUUUCUUUCAGGGUUUCUGUUCAACAGAAGACCGAUGAAAACAUGAGGGCCUUCGCUGAGAAGGUCUUCGCAUCGGAGACUAAAGACGAGCAGGUCCGAGAUGAAAUCUCCCUGUUUGAUGUGGCUGAAGACUGUCCCAUCAUUCACCAGGAGAUGGCCCACCACCUGCACGCUGAGGAUAACGCUGAGAAACGCAAAAGGCUUCAGCGCUGCCGGGGCAAGGUCGUCCCCACUGCCACUCCUUCGGCAGCUGCUGGGCCAGUGAUGUCAGUGGAGGUGGACACCCCCACCUAUCUGGAGGUUCCUGACUUCCAGAGAGUGGCGGUCAUUGGAGACUAUGCUGCUGGGGUGACCAUGGAUGACUUUGAACUUUCAUGUAAUGGUCUGUACCGUGCCUUAACCAUCAGGGAGAAGUACAUGAGGCUUGCCUAUCAGCGCUUUCCAAGAACAGCCUCCCAGUUCCUGCGUCAAAUGGAGGGAGACGUGUUUAAAAUUGAAGAUGAGGUGCAACCAGUGUUCAGUGCUCCUCCAAAGGAUGGGGAGGACCCUUUUGACACCUUAGACCUGCCAAAGAACCUUGGCUAUGUGGCCCGUAUGAAGGAUGGUCUUGUGUAUGUGUAUAAUGAUGCUGCAGCUGCUGACAAGCAUCAACCCAAAGAUCUGCCUCAUCCAGACUACAACACCUUCAUCGAUGACAUGAACUUCCUUAUUGCUCUGAUUGCACAGGGCCCGACGAAGACCUACACCCAUAGACGUCUAAAGUUCCUCAUGUCCAAGUUUAAUGUGCAUGAGAUGCUGAAUGAGAUGGAGGAGAUGAAGGAGCUGAAGAUGAACCCCCACAGGGAUUUCUACAACUGUAGGAAGGUGGACACCCACAUCCAUGCUGCUGCCUGCAUGAACCAGAAGCAUCUGCUGCGCUUCAUCAAAAAGUCUUACCGUUUAGAUGCUGACCGAGUCGUGCACAACCUCAAAGGGAAGGAGGUCACCAUGAGAGAGCUGUUUCAGUCCCUAAACUUGCAUCCCUACGACCUCACUGUGGACUCUUUGGAUGUGCACGCUGGGAGGCAAACAUUCCAGCGUUUCGAUAAGUUCAAUGCUAAGUACAACCCUGUUGGAGCCAGCGAGCUGCGGGAUCUGUAUCUAAAGACUGAAAAUCACAUCAGUGGAGAAUAUUUUGCCACAAUUAUUAAGGAAGUAUCUACUGACCUGGAGGAAGCCAAGUACCAGUAUGCUGAGCCUCGUCUGUCUAUCUAUGGUUGUAAUGCCAAUGAGUGGGGCAAACUGUCCAGUUGGUUCGUUAAGCACAGAGUCUUCUCUCAGAACCUUAAAUGGAUGAUUCAGAUUCCCAGAAUCUAUGACAUCUUCAGAGGCAGAAACUUUGUACCACACUUUGGCAAGAUGUUGGAGAACAUUUUCCUUCCCGUGUUUCAGGCCACCAUUGACCCACAGUCCAACAAAGAUUUUAGCAUCUUCCUCAAGCAUGUGACAGGAUUUGACAGUGUGGAUGAUGAGUCCAAACACAGCGGCCACAUGUUUUCUACAAAAAGUCCAAAACCAGAAGAGUGGGAUAUUGCCAAGAACCCCUCCUACACUUAUUAUAUCUAUUACAUGUACGCCAACAUUGCUGUUCUUAAUCAGCUGCGUAGACAGAGAGGAAUGAACACAUUCACAUUCAGGCCUCACUGCGGCGAGGCUGGUGCCAUCACCCACUUACUAGCGGCCUUUAUGACUGCUGACAACAUCUCUCAUGGUCUUAACCUAAAGAAGAGUCCUGUUCUUCAGUACUUGUACUUCUUGGCCCAGAUCCCAAUCGCAAUGUCCCCUCUUAGCAACAACAGCCUGUUCUUGGAGUAUGCUAAGAACCCCCUGCCGGAGUUUCACAAGAAGGGGUUAAUGGUGUCUCUGUCUACUGAUGACCCCAUGCAGUUCCACUACACCAAGGAACCCCUAAUGGAAGAGUAUGCCAUUGCAGCUCAGGUCUUCAAGCUAAGUACUUGCGACAUGUGUGAGAUCGCCAGGAACAGUGUACUGCAGAGUGGCUUGUCUCAUGAGGAAAAGAUUCACUACCUGGGGUCAGAUUACCUGAAAGAAGGCCCAGAAGGCAACGACAUCCGUAAGACCAACGUGGCUCAGAUCCGAAUGGCAUACCGCUUUGAGACGCUGUGCUACGAGCUCAACCUCAUCAAGGAGGGCUUGAAGGCAGAGUGAACCAUGUGAAAACACACAAACGUUUAAUCAAAACAUAUCUGUAAUGGGUUUGUAGAAAGGCUUAUGCAUAUGUUUUUCACAGUAUGACUUGUGAAUCUUAAAGAAACAGACACUUUUGAUGAACUACUGGUCAUUCUGAGAAAGAAUUGUUUUGAUGUACUCCAGAAGGAGAAACAUGUAUCAGAAUGAAUGGAAAUAAAACAAAAAAAAUGACA